UGGCGAUGACGCCGCCGCGAUUAUUUUCAAACCUCCAGUUGAUGAUCACAUCGCUCUGCGAAGAAGACAGCGGCUCAGCUUUGUUUACUUUAAAGAUGGAUGCUCAAUUACAUGUAUUUUCUGAAAGCACUGGCUAUCUAGUUUAAAACCAGACACUAGAAUGUAAGAUAGAAAAAAAAAACACAGAAUGGAGGAAUCGUGGGAUUUUGAAUUCUUGUCUCGUAUGGUUGACAGUCUGGUGUCCUUUCUGUCCGAAUUUGUGGACGACUGGCUGGCCAACGACAUGAGAGUUGCAGUGUUUAAAAUACUGUUUAGCUGGCUCAUCAUCAGUCUCGUAGCCAUCCACUUUGCCUGGAAAGUGUACGGGAACACUGUCAACGACAUGUACUACAGACAGGGGACUGGAGGACAGAAUGGCGGGACUCCUAACACUGCGCCUCACCUGAGCGGAUGGGAAAGUGGAGCUGGUGAUGCCAUGAAAACCCACCGUGAGUGAUGUACCUGCAACUGGACUAAGAGCACAGACA